CCCCGCUCCCCUUCUCCCAAUGGGCAAUCCUGGCCUGCCUCGUCACUCCCGUCGCAAUGUGGGGAGGGCGGGGAGCGGGCGGCCCAGUUUCCUCCUUCGAAAUGUUGUUUUCCUACUUCUCUUUCCCCACCCUGACGGGACUACACCGCGGUCUCACCCCACCUCACCCUCCGAGCUCCUCCUUUUUCCACUCCCUCCCUAACGCUAUUCCUGCGUGAGGGUGGGUGAGCGCGCGCCACAGCCACGGCGCGCGCGCAGCUCCUCGUCCCCCCCCCCCCGUUCGGGCAGCCGUUAUUGAUCGAGCCGUGCGCGCGUAUGUAUAUGUGUGCGCGCGCGACACCGCAGUGGAGCGCGAGACGAGCUCCUGUUACAGUUGCUGCCGCUAUUUGGGCGGGCUGGACAGCUGAGGGAGGGCAGCAGAAUCCCUCAACGCAGCGGGAACCGGAGCAAGGGCACGCGACCGGGAGCCAGAUAGGGGAGGAGGGAGGGAGUGGGGGGGGGCGACCCACAUAUUCUGCCAGCCAUUCAGAAGCGGAGAACUCUUGUCUCCUCAGCAACGGGCCUGGGUGGCCAAGACUGCGUCUCCCCUUAUUUCGCGCCCUGCUGGUCGUUAAGAUCUCCCUCACUCUUCACCCGCUUCAGCCUGGCACGAGAGCUCAGAGCACUCUCUCUCUCCUCCCGCUUCACCAAACUAGAAUUUGGGCAGAGGGUGGAGGGAAGAGUCUUUCUUCCUCUGCGCCCCCCUCCUCCCUCUAUUUUUCUUCCACACUCCACCCAGAAAUGAUCUGCUGAAAAUAGGAGGAGGUGAUUUCCCCCCUCCCAACCACUGCUCCUGCUGCUCCUUUUUCUGCUGUGUUCUUGUGAAGGCUUCAGGAAUAUCCCUAAAUCGCUCAGUCUGACAGGCGAGCAGGGAAAUUAUUUUUUUGUGGCGAUGGUCCAUUUUUGGGUGGGGAGGCGGGGAUAACUUACACGGCGUUUUGGGGGUGGUCUCGUGUGAAGGUUCUCUGAUGAUUCCCGACCAUGGGGAAGGACCAGGAACUGCUGGAAGCUGCUCGCACUGGGAAUGUGGCUUUGGUGGAAAAACUCUUGGCUGGCAGGAAAGGAGGGCUCCUGGGCAGUGGAUCUGGACCUAUUCCUUUAUCCAACUUGCUGAGCAUCUGGCGAGGACCAAAUAUAAACUGCACAGAUAGUUCGGGUUACACUGCUUUGCACCAUGCAGCUUUAAAUGGUCACAAGGAUGUAGUUAUCAAAUUACUUCAGUUUGAAGCAUCAACUAAUGUGGCAGAUAAUAAAGGGUAUUUUCCUAUACACUUGGCUGCUUGGAAAGGAGAUGUAGAGAUUGUGAAGAUUCUUAUCCAUCAUGGGCCAUCACAUUCCAGAGUGAAUGAACAGAACAAUGAAAACGAAACAGCUUUACACUGUGCAGCCCAAUAUGGACACUCAGAAGUGGUAGCAGUUUUGCUUGAAGAACUUACAGAUCCUACAAUAAGAAACAGCAAGUUAGAGACUCCAUUGGAUUUGGCAGCCUUAUAUGGCCGUCUGCGAGUAGUGAAGAUGAUCAUCAAUGCAUAUCCAAACUUGAUGAGCUGUAACACAAGAAAACACACGCCGUUGCACCUUGCUGCACGUAAUGGUCACAAAGCGGUUGUACAGGUGCUGCUAGAAGCUGGAAUGGAUGUCAGCUGCCACACAGAAAAAGGCAGUGCACUGCAUGAAGCAGCUUUGUUUGGAAAAGUGGAUGUGGUACGCAUUCUGCUAGAAACAGGAAUUGAUGCCAACAUAAAAGACAGUUUAGGUAGAACUGUUUUAGAUAUUCUCAAAGAACACCCAUCUCAACAAUCACUCCAAAUUGCUGCAUUACUUCAAGAAUACAUGGAAACAGGAAAUGCCACAGUUGCAGAGGAACCAAUAGAGGAAUGUCCAGUGACAAAUCAUCAGUCCUGUGUUUUGUCUCCAGAGAUUUCUCCUACGCAAACAAAUAAAAGUGAAGCUGUGACUGGGGAGUUGUCAAAACUACUGGAUGAAAUCAAACUGUGCCAAGAAAAGGAUUAUUCUUUGGAAGAGCUUUGUCAUACUGUAUCUGACCACUAUCUGGACAAUGGUAGCAAAGUAUCAGAAGAAGAACCAGUGAUGAAUGAAAGCCAAUCCACAUCCAAUAUAGGCAAAUCCUCAACAAACAUGUUACCAACAGAAGAGGAUGAAGAAGAUGGAGGUGAAAACAGUUGUGGGCCUACAGGUUUGUGGGAAGCACUGACACCUUGUAAUGGAUGCAGGAAUCUUGGCUUUCCUAGUCUUACUCAGGAGUCCUUUCCAAAGAAGAGGAGUUAUACACUGGAAGCAGUGCCAUCUGCUGCUUCUGAGGCAUUUCCUGUAGAAAAUGAGAAUGAUCUCUGUGAUUUUCUGGAUACGACAGUUACAAAGAAGCCCUGUUCUUUAGAAAUAGCAAGAGGACAUUCCUCAAAGACAGAGAAUGCACCUCAAGUAGCAAUUAUUGCACCAGGUACCAGUAACCAUAGAAACAGUUCAACAGGCCCAACACCUGACUGCUCUCCUCCAUCGCCAGAUACUGCACUGAAAAAUAUAGUGAAAGUUAUACGACCUCAGCCGAAGCAACGUACAUCAAUAGUAUCAGCUUUUGAAUUUCACCGAUUAAAUCACAGCCAUGAUUAUUUUGAAAUCAACUCUUCCCUUGGAUAUGCAAGCUUUACUUCCAGUCCUCCAAUCAGUCCAGCUAAUUAUUCUAUUGGAUCCAUUGAAGGGAGCAUUGAAGAUAAUGACAUUCCAGGAACUCAACAAACCUCCAUUGAAAGUGAGCAACUUGAAGCACACUCUGCUGAGCAGUUUGCUGGCCUACUUCAUGGAUCAUCACCUGCUUGUGACCCACCUGAAAACCCACUUCAGCUAUAUAGAACAGGGAGUCCAGCUGAUGAAUUCUACCACAAAAAUUCAAUCCAAAGUAUUUUGAAUUCGGCACAGCUGCAACAAGAAAACAGCACUGAUAUUUCAGUUAAAAAGAAAAAACCACCCAUUUUAAGCAGAACUAUAUUUCCUUCUAAAAGUAAUCUAGGAGAAACUAACACACUUGCUGGCAUCACAAGAACUGGGGAUCAGUGGGUUGUUAAUGCUGCAGGGUUUGUGGAACGUGCUUGCACACUUGGGAGGAUACGAUCUUUGCCAAAGACUCUCCUUGACAUGCAUUUAUCCAAAUAUGUUUCAAAAUCAGACUCUAAUCUGAUUUCCUACCCAUCUAAUGAGCAAAAAGCAAGAAGAAAUUGGAAUGAAUCUACAGUAGAUCCGGAAAGCUCUAGAAGAAAUUCUGAAAGAACACCAUCCUUUACUUCAGAAUGGGAAGAAAUUGAUAAAAUAAUGAGUUCCAUAGAUGCUGGUAUUACUACUGGACUAGAAGUGAUUAAUGAUGGUAUUGCAACACCCAGAUGCCCUGUCCAGACUGUGGGACAAUGGUUGGAAAAUAUUGGGCUACCUCAGUAUGAGAACCACUUGCUGGCUAAUGGAUUUGACAAUGUACAGUUUAUGGGAAGCAACGUGAUGGAGGAUCAAGACCUUUUAGAAAUUGGAAUACUUAAUUCUGGACACAGACAAAGAAUUUUACAGGCAAUUCAGCUCCUUCCAAAGAUGAAACAAAUAGGCAACGAUGGCUACAGCCCCACCUCUGUAGCAGAGUGGCUAGAUUCCCUGGAACUGGGUGAUUACAUCAAACCCUUUCUGAUAAAUGGCUAUACGUCGAUGGACCUUGUGAAAAAAAUCUGGGAUAUUGAAUUAAUUAAUGUUUUAAAAAUCAGUUUGCUCGGCCAUCGAAAACGCAUUUUGGCCUCACUGGGAGACAGGCUUCACGAAGAUCCACCUCAGAAACCACCAAGAUCUAUAACCCUCAGGGAACCCAGCGGUAACCACACUCCUCCUCAGUUGUCUCCCUCACUCAGCCAAAGCACUUACACUACUGGUGGCUCCCUGGACGUUCCACACAUUAUCAUGCAGGGGGAUGCAAGGAGGAGAAGAAAUGACAGCUAUUUUGAUGAUAUUCCUCGGUCAAAACUGGAGAGACAGAUGGCACAGUCUUCUGUCUGUGAAAUUUGGACCAGCCAGAAUGCAGGAUAUCCUUACACAGCAGUCCAUCAGGUUCAUAAUACUGGAGACUGGGGUGAACCAUCAAUUACCUUACGACCUCCUAAUGAGGCAACAGCAUCAACACCGGUACAAUACUGGCAACAUCAUCCAGAGAAACUAAUCUUCCAGUCAUGCGAUUACAAAGCAUUUUAUUUAGGUUCUAUGCUGGUAAAAGAGCUAAGAGGCACAGAAUCAACGCAGGAUGCCUGUGCAAAAAUGAGGAAGUCUACAGAACAAAUGAAGAAAGUUCCUACUAUUGUUUUAUCAGUCUCUUAUAAAGGGGUAAAAUUUAUUGAUGCAACAAAUAAGAAUAUUAUUGCUGAACACGAGAUUCGUAACAUUUCUUGUGCUGCACAAGACCCUGAAGACCUCUCUACAUUUGCUUAUAUCACAAAAGACUUGAAGACAAAUCACCAUUACUGCCAUGUGUUCACAGCCUUUGAUGUGAAUUUAGCCUAUGAAAUAAUUCUCACAUUGGGACAGGCAUUUGAAGUAGCCUACCAACUAGCACUUCAAGCUCGAAAAGGAGGUCAUUCUUCAACCCUUCCUGAAAGCUUCGAUAAUAAACCUACAAAACCAAUUCCAAAACCUCGUGUUAGCAUUCGAAAAUCUGUGCAGAUAGAUCCCACUGAACAAAAGACUCUUGCCAACCUACCAUGGAUUGUAGAACCAGGACAAGAAGCUAAAAGAGGAAUUAAUACCAAGUAUGAAACCACAAUUUUCUGAUAGUGAACUGUCCUCUUGUUUCUUGUUGUGCCUUGCACUCAAAGCAGUCAUAGCACAGCCUUUCCUUGACGGCAACUCUUCAGUCUAGUAGAGGGGAAGACUGCACUAUAUGAGUGGCCUUGAAACUAGCAAAAACAUACAAACAAAAACAAAAGGCUGCUGGUCAUUUCUGGUGAUUGUUCUUCCUGCAGCACUGAUAGAAGAAUGACAUGGGAUGAAGACUUUUCAAUUACAGCCCACAAGAGGAGUGGGAGAUUGUUUCACGCACGCUCUUCUCUUAGGACUUUGCCACAGUGCUUUCUUUUGAUUUCGUAUUUUAACGUUCUACUUUUACAAAGGUCUCUAACGGUAAUGCUGCUUAGUAAUACAACGUUCAGUUGUGGUUGGGUUUUUAUUUUCACACAUGGCAGUUUUUAAAUUGAAACAAACCCAGAUUAGUUAAUAAAAUAUUUGAGAUAUGUUUGUGAAAACAUGGGGAUCUAUAUAAGUUAAUUCUACUGUUUAAUAUGCUUUUCAAAAUUAGUAAUGGCAAGACAUUAGCUUCCUUGACUUCUGUAUUUGCUGGUCUAUGUAUUCUUCAUGCCAUUUAAUCCUCUAGAGAAAUGAGGUUAUAUAUGUCAGUGUGAAACAGAAUCAGAGUUUUAUUAAUGGCUUAAAAAAAGAGGAAUUAAUAAUGCAUGAAAAUGCACCUUGUAUUAAAUAUUUUUGUGGGAGAGAAGAAAACUAUAAGAGCAAGUAUGAUAUUUAUGAUAAAGGAGGUCAUUAAUUAUGAAGAGAGUCUGGCUUUAUUUUAAAGUUAAAUAAACUGCUACUGUACUAUCUAACAGUAGUAACAGUGGGGCCAUCAGUAUGCUGGAUGCUUCACUUCAUGGGGUAAAACGGAAGCUGCCCAGCAAUUGCACUACAGGCACAUGCAACUAUACACAGUUUUUCAAGUUAUUAUAGCCAUGAGUUUCGGUUUUUAAAAAUCUGAAAGAUGGUUUUAAACAAAACUAGGAAUUUUAUCAAAUUUUCUGUCUCAGAAAGCUGGUUUUAAUGAAAAAGUUCAACUCAAAAGGUUUUUUCCUAAAUGAAGUAAACCAUUCCAAAGUAAUAAUUCUUUCCACAAAUCAGUUGAGCAUUAGCUUGACAGUUGACUUAAUGAAAUUUGCUUACCAUUUUCUUUGAAGUAUUUUAAUUUUUUAAUGUCUUUGUGGAGUAUUUGUAUAAUAACAUUAUGUAUUUCAGUGAAACUGAAUGAAUUAUAACAGUAAAAAUAUCAAUCAUAGGCAAAAAAUGACAUUUUAAUGUAUGUUCUAUCCAGUCAAAUUGUGAAUCAUUUUGAACUUCAUUAUAGAAAUAUUGAUGAAUAGUGUGGUUGACUUAAAUGUUUUUUAUUAUUCUUUCAUAUUUAACUGAAAGGUUUCAGUUACAUUCAACAACUGAAUUUUUAACAAAAUUGAUAAUUGAACUUGAUUUAAAAUUCAAAAUUGUAUAUGGUUUAGUUGAACCUAAUCAUAGCGCUGAAUGACAAAAAACCUUUUAAUACAGUAUUCAAUUUACUUGAACCAAUCAGCUCCUUGUACAUAUUAUGCCUAUUCAUUGUUGAUAUGUAUGUAGUAGGCUGACAGUAAACACUGAAAAAUAUAGUACCAAAAGGAAUAUUGUAUAGGAGAAAAGUAAAUAGUAGCCUCACUGCAACAAAUACUUCUAUGUAAAUAUGCUUGGGCUUCCAGUUAUAAAUUUUGUAAUUUUUGUCAUUAUUUAUAUCCUAUAAAAGCACACAAAAUAAAUUGAAGUUGUACAGUCA